GUGUAAUUCGGGGCAUAUAAAGGCUGGGACCAUAAGAUAAUUACUUUCUCUCCAUUGAAACCCAUUCAUAUUUUUCGAUCCCAUAGGUCCAAUGUGCUCUACCGGAAGGGAUGUGACUUCGCCACUAUUUUGUUGUCGGAUCUACUAGAUCUACAUCACAGGGUCAGUUUCUUUCAGUCUCGCCGGAGGUCGAGUGAUAAAGAUGUCGCCGAGCGGCUCCAAUUUGAAAGAACAGCUUUCGUACAUAAUGGACGUACUUGCGAAAGCGGCUGUAUCUGAAAUAUGCCAACUGUUCUCGGAAGGCUCGACUUCCCUUCGCUUACAAAUAACUCACAGCCUGGAAGAAAACGAAGCGCUGAGGAAGAGGAUGAAGGUGAUGAAAAGUGAGCUGUUUUCUUUGCGGCUUCAAACGAGAUCAAAUGCACCGCGUGUGGCAAGUCGUUUCGCCCUGGCUCGAGCCAACAUCUGCAAACCACGGACUAAACCACUGGGGAAUGAACACUGUGAUGCCUUUGGAGAUCGCAGAACACGGCAAGGCGCCUACUCGGAGAGUCUGCGUGUGGACGCCCCUGGCUCCUCCCACAUGUCCAGUCUCAACGGGGAGCAGCGGAUCCUGAGCGUCCACGUAGAAGGGGAGGGCCCACUAGCGAUCGACGGCCAUGACACCCUCUUCACUGCGUCUGAACUGGAGGCCCUGAGCUCGCCGUCUGCGGACCACGUCCACCGUGAGCAGCAGACUGUGCAGCUGCACACCCCAGUCGCAGUUUUUAUCAAGGAUGAAGAGGAUAUUGGUGGAGGCAUGGACGCCGAAGAACACUACGAUGCCUUUGGAGACCGCAGCACACAGCAAGGCGCCUACUCGGAGAGUCUCCGUGUGGACGCCCCUGGCUCCUCCCACAUGUCCAGUCUCAACGGGGAGCAGCGGAUCCUGAGCGUCCACGUAGAAGGGGAGGGCCCACUAGCGGUCGACGGCCAUGACACCCUCUUCACUGCGUCUGAACUGGAGGCCCUGAGCUCGCUGUCUGCGGACCAAGUCCACCGUGAGCAGCACGCUGCGCAGCUGCACACCCCAGUCGCAGUUUUUAUCAAGGAUGAAGAGGAUAUUGGUGGAGGCAUGGACGCCGAAGUAGACUGCAAUGACAUCAGAGACUGCAGCACACAGCGUGGCGCCAACUCGCAGAGUCUGUGUGUGGACGCCCCUGGCUCCUCCCACAUGUCCAGUCUCAACGGGGAGCUGCGGAUCCUGAGCGUCCACGGAAAAGGGCAAGGCCCACUGGCAGUGGACGGUCGUGACACCCUCUUCACCGUGUCCGAAGUGGAGGCCCUGAGCCCGCUGUCUGCGGACCAAAGCCUGGCCAUGAGCCUGGACUGCGGCGAGCGGCUCGUCCACCGCGAGGUGCCGACUGGGCCUCGGGGGGGGCGCAAGGGCUGUGUCGUGUGUGGCAGGGAGUUUCCCAACUAUGCCAAGGUGAUGGUCCACAUGCGUACCCACACCGGUGAGAAGCCGUACGGGUGCGACCAAUGUCAGAUGCGCUUCCAACAGAAAAGCAACCUGAAGCUCCAUAUGAGGACUCACUCUGGGGAAAAGCCCUUCAGGUGUGACCAAUGCGUGCGGCGCUUUAGUCAGAAAUCCAACCUGAAGAUCCACUUGAGGACUCACUCCGGGGAGAAGCCCUGUGUGUGUCUGCAGUGCAACGUCUGCUUCAGCGACCCCAGCAAUUUGCUUAGGCACAUGCUCAAGCACACGGGCAACGGGACACUUUGAUUACAAUUAGGGCAUUUAGCAGACGCUUUUAUCCAAAGCGACUUGCAUCGGUUAAUACACACAUUGACACACCGACUGUUCUGCCUUCCGUAGGAAUUGCAUUGUUUUUCAGUUUGUGUUCGUGUACAUCUUGCCUUAGUUUGGUAAAUACUUCCACCCUGUGGUCAAAUUGUGAUACUGGCGUCAGUAUAAACAACUGCAAACCUACUUCCGUUCCUCUUCGUGAUUCACUCUACACGGAAAGUUCACGCUGUAAUAUCGCCCCUGCAAUCUAUCGAAAAUACGUUUUGAACUUUGAAAUUAUUUGUCUGUAAGUAACUCUCGCAGGUAUCCUACAUUAUGUUAAAUGAAAUUAUUUAGUUCAAGCGAAUUCCCCCCGAAGUAUUGCAUUAACAUUUCUGAACUUAUGUUAUGGUGACCAUUAAAAUACAUUGAAGGACAUUUGCAGCAUGUUAAAGAAAUACUUUGGGGGGAAUUCACUUGAACGAAGUCAUUUCAUUUGACAUAAUGUAGGAUACCCACCUCCGUUCAGUAGGACGCCCUCUUCAGUUCUCCAGAAAGAAGGGUAUCCCGCGCAAAGAGUAUUCUGCGAUCUUUGUAGCUCCAUGGCUGGCACGCGUUGUGUCCCAGUGUAAUUUGAGAAAUGCAUCCCUGCCGGCGAUUUUCAUUGGAUUAGGAAAUUAUGGGCGGAACUAUUUUGUCCCGCCCACGGACGCUCUGGCAUCUACGGAUACGAAUACUUUUGCUACACAUUUAGCACCAUAGAUAUACAGGACUGUCUCAGAAAAUUAGAAUAUUGUGAUAAAGUUCUUUAUUUGCUGUAAUGCAAUUAAAAAAAAAAAAAAAAAAAAGUCAUACAUUCUGGAUUCAUUACACAUCUACUGAAAUAUUGCAAGCCUUUUAUUAUUUUAAUAUUGCUGAUUAUGGCAUACAGCUUAAGAAAACUCAAAAAUCCUAUCUCAAAAAAUUAGAAUAUUUCCUCAGACCAAGUAAAAAAAAAAGAUUUAUAACGGCAAAACAAAACAAACAUUUGAAAAUGUCAAUUAAUGCACUCAGUACUUGGUUGGGAAUCCUUUUGUACGGAUUACUGCAUCAAUGCGGCGUGGCAUGGAGGCAAUCAGCCUGUGGCAUUGCUGAGGUGUUAUGGAUGCCCAGGAUGCUUCAAUAGCGGCCUUUAGCUCAUUUGCAUUAUUGGGUCUGGUGUCUCUCUGCUUCUUCUUCACAAUACCCCACAAAUUCUCUAUGGGGUUCAGGUCAGGGGAGUUGGCAGGCCAAUCGAGGACAGUAAUGCCAUGGUCAGUACACCAGUUACUGGUGGUUUUGGCACUGUGGGCAGGGGCCAGAUCAUGCUGGAAAAUGAAAUCAUCUCCAUAGAGCUUUUCAACAGUUGGAAGCAUGUAGUGCUCUAAAAUCUCUUGGUACACAGCUGCAUUGACUCUGGACUUGAUGAAACACAGCGGACCAACACCAGCAGCUGACAUGGCUCCCCAAACCAUUGCUGACUGUGGGAACUUCACACUGGAUUUCAAGCAACUUGGAUUUUGCUCCUCUCCAGCCUUCCUCCAGACUCUAGCGCCUUGACUUACAAAUGAAAUACAAAACUUGCUUUCGUCUGAAAACAGGACUCUGGACCACUCUGCAACUGUCCAGUGCUUCUUUUCCAUAGCCCAAGUCAGACGCUUCUUCCGUUGUCUUGAGUUCAGGAGUGGCUUGACCAUGGGAAUACGGCUAUUGUAGCCCAUUUCCCGGACACGUCUGUGAACAGUGGCUUUUGAUACCUGGACUCCAGCUUCAGUCCACUGUCUUUGAAGCUCCCCCAAAUUCUGGAAGCGGCUCUUCUUCACAAUGCUGUUAAGGCUGCGGUCCUCUCUCUUGGUUGUGCAGCGUUUCCUGCCACAUUUCCUCCUUCCAACAGACUUUUUGUGAAUGUGCUUUGAAACUGCACUCUGUGAACAGCCUGCUCUUUUGGAAAUUUAUUUUUGUGUCUUACCCUCCUGAUGGAGGGUGUCAAUGAUGGUCCUCUGGACAGCAGUCAGGUCAGCAGUCUUCCCCAUACUUGUGAUUUUUUUUAAAGGCUCAGGGAAACCCUUGCAGGUGUUUCGAGUUAAUUAGACGAUUCAAGUGAUUAGUUAAAUAGCCUGCUAUUAUACUUUUUCAUGAUAUUCUAAUAUUUUGAGAUAGGAUAUUUGAGUUUUCUUAAGCUGUAUGCCAUAAUCAGCAAUAUUAAAACGACAAAAGGCUUGCAAUAUUUCAGUUGAUGUGUAAUGAAUCCAGAAUGUAUGACAUUUUCAUGUUUUUAGUUGCAUUACAGAAAAUAAAGGACUUUAUCACAAUA